AUGAUGAUGUGUCGGGCCCACGCGUGGCGUGUUCGCUUCGAGAGGGCUCGUUUGCGCCACAGUGAAGGAAGAUGCCGCAGACAGCGGCGCUGUGCAGCAUAUGCUCGUCAGUUACUUCUGGAAGGAGACAUUCAGCCGUUGUGGACGUCCGUGGCGCAAAAACAGGGUCCCCAAGAGGCAAGUGCAGUCAUUCUGAAGUUGUUCGAUACAAGUGCAAUUCAACGUUUCGACCAGGGUGUUUCUUCUCAACAGCUCUUGCCAAGGGCAACACUAUUCACAACAAUCAGGCAGCUCCAGGAAAGAAAGGAUGCAGGGUAUCCAAGGUUGUUCUUUUGCAGUGUCUACUGGCCAAGGUGCGAAUUUGGGGACAGUUCGUUUGGACCACUUUCCGCUGCUGUGGAAACUGCCCUGGUUCAUCUGGUUGGUGCCAAGGGCAGUACUACUGUAAAGUCACCUCAGCACAAGUAA